GGCUGCCACUCGGGCUGCACAGGUGCAGCCGGCCGGGCGUCCCACGGUGGAAGGGGCUGGGUCCAGCAGCGACCUCUCUUCUCCUGGCACCAUGCUCGGGCCCUGGCUGCUGCUGCUCCUCUCCUGUGGGGAUGCCCUGCUCGGCGCCGGUCUGGAUGACAGCCCCUCGGCGCCCCCAGGCCUCCAGAGGCUGACAGACUCCCCGCAGACAGCUCCAGACAGGGGCUGGUGCUCCACGUGGGGGGCCGGCCACUUUUCCACUUUCGACGGCCACGUGUAUGACUUCUCGGGGACCUGCAACUACAUCUUCGCGGCCACCUGCGAGGACGCCUCAUCCACCUUCAGUGUCCAGCUCCGGCGAGGGCCCAGCGGGAACAUCUCCCGGGUCAUCGUGGAGCUGGGGGCCUCUGUGGUCACCGUCCAGCAGGGGGUCAUCUCUGUCAAGGACGAGGGGGUCGUCAGCCUGCCCUACACGAGCCACGGGCUACAGAUGACGCCCUUCGGCCAGAGCGUGCGUCUGGUGGCCAAGCGGCUGGAGCUGGAGCUGGUGGUCGUGUGGGGCCCAGGCGCCUACCUCAUGGUCCUAGUGGAGAAGAAAAACGUGGGCAGGAUGUGUGGGCUGUGUGGCAACUUCAACGGCCAGCGGACGGACGAGUUUCUGAGCGAGGAUGGCAAACUCCUGGACCCCCACAAGUACGCCGCCCUCCAGAAGCUGGACGACCCCAAUGAGAUCUGCUCCUACGAGGCCAUCCCCAGCCCCCGGGGCCUGCAGGCAGGGCACGCCCAGACCUGCUCCCGGCUGCUGACCCUGGUGGCCCCCAUGUGCAACGUGUCCAAGGAGCCGUUCCUGCUGAGCUGCCAGGCAGACAUGGCCGCGUGCGCCCAGCCAGGCUGGUACAACUGCAGCUGCGCCACGUUGUCCGAGUACUCCCGCCAGUGCAGCAUGGCCGGCCAGCCCGUCAGGCCCUGGCGGGGCCCCGGCCUCUGCUCUGUGGGCGAGUGCCCAGCCAACCAGGUGUACCGUGAGUGCGGGGAGCCCUGCGUGCGGACCUGCUCCAACCCACAGCCCAGCUGCUCUGGCUUCUGCACCUUCGGCUGCUUCUGCCCGGAAGGGACGGUUCUGGAUGACAGCUCCAAAAACCACAGCUGCGUGCCUGUGCCCCAGUGCCCCUGCACACGGGGCGGGGAGGUCUACGCCCCCGGGGAGGCCACCACAGCCGCCUGCCAGACCUGCCGCUGCUCCGGGGGCCGCUGGGAGUGCGUGGAGCAGCCCUGCCCCCACCGCUGCGCCCUGGAGGGCGGCUCCUUCGUCACCACGUUCGAUGCCAGGCCCUACCGCUUCCACGGCACCUGUACCUACACCCUCCUCCAGAGCCCCCAGCUCCCCGACGGGGGCGCGCUCCUGGCCGUGUACGACAAGUCUGGGUACUCGCACUCGGAGACCUCCCUGGCCGCUGUCAUCUACAUGUCCAGCCAGGACAAAAUCGUGAUUUCUCGGGACGAGGUCAUCACCAACAACGGGGACACCAAGAGGCUGCCCUACCACACCCGCAACAUCACGGUGUUCAGGCAGACGUCCACCCUCAUCCAGAUGGUCAGCACCUUUGGGCUGGAGCUGGAGGUCCAGCUCAGUUCGGUGUUCCAGGUGUAUGUCACUGUCGGGCCCCAGUUCAGAGGCCAGACCAGAGGGCUCUGCGGCACCUUCAACGGGGACACGACAGACGACUUCACGACCAGCAUGGGCAUCGCCGAGGGCACCGCCUCCCUCUUUGUGGACUCUUGGCGGGCGGGGAACUGCCCGGCGGCGCUCGAGCGUGAGACCGACCCCUGCUCCAUGAGCCACCUCAACAAGGUGUGCGCGGAGACCCACUGCGCGGUGCUGGUGAAGACGGGCACGGUGUUUGAGCAGUGCCACGCCACCGUGGACCCCAAGCCCUUCUACAAGAGGUGCGUGUACCAGGCCUGCAACUACGAGGAGACCUUCCCGCACAUCUGCGCCGCCCUGGGCAGCUAUGCCCUCGCCUGUGCCUCGCGGGGUGUCCUGCUCCAGGGUUGGAGGAGCAGCGUGGACAACUGCACCAUCUCCUGCACGGGCAACCAGACUUUCAGCUACAACAGCCAGGCCUGUGACCGCACGUGCCUGUCACUGUCCGACCGCAAGGUCGAGUGCCACCCUAGCGCCGUGCCGGUGGACGGCUGCAACUGCCCCGAGGGCACCUACCUGAACCACAAGGCCGAGUGCGUGCGCAAGGCCCAGUGCCCCUGCCUCCUGGACGACAACAAGUUCCUCCUUGCCGGCCAGUCCACCGCGGUCAACGGCGUCAUCUGCCACUGCAUCAACGGGCGACUGAGCUGCCCGGCACGGCCCCUGAUGCUCUUGGCGACCUGCUCGGCCCCCAAGACCUUCCAGUCCUGCAGCCAGAACUCCGAGGACAAGUUUGGGGCGGCCUGCGCCCCCACCUGUCAGAUGCUGGCCACCGGCACCCCCUGCGUGCCAACCAAGUGCGAGCCUGGCUGUGCCUGUCCCAGAGGGCUGUAUGAGAACGCCAGCGGGCAGUGCGUGCCCCCCGAGGAGUGCCCGUGCGAGUAUGGGGGCGUGUCCUACCCCCGGGGCGCCGAGCUCCACGCCGACUGUAAGAGCUGCGUCUGCUCGAGGGGGACGUGGACCUGCCAGCAGAGCACCCGCUGCCCUUCCACCUGCACGCUCUACGGGGAGGGUCACGUGGUCACCUUCGACGGGCAGCGCUUCGUGUUUGACGGCAGCUGCGAGUACAUCCUCGUCACCGACGGCUGCGGCGCCAGCGACGCUCAGCCCACCUUCAAGAUCCUGACGGAGAACGUCGUGUGUGGGAACUCGGGCGUCACCUGCUCCCGGGCCAUCAAGAUCCUCUCGGGGGACCUGUCCAUCGUGCUGGCGGAUGGGAACUACACGGUCAGCGGGGAGGACCCCGGCGUGCGCUUCCGGGUCAAGGCCGGCUCCCUGCACCUGGAGCUGGACGCCACCAUCGGCAGCGCCUACAACCUGAGCCUCAUCUGGAACAAGCACAUGACCGUCUUCAUCAAGGUCGCAGGUGCCUCCCAGGACACCCUCUGCGGCUUGUGUGGCAACUACAACGGGAACAUGAAGGACGACUUCCAGACGCGCAGCAGAUACGUGGCGUCGAGCGAGCUGGAGUUCGUGAACUCGUGGAAGGAGAGCCCGCUGUGCGGCGACACCACCUUCACGCUGGACCCCUGCAGCCUCAACACCUUCCGCCAGUCCUGGGCCGAGCGCAAAUGCAGCAUCAUCAACAGCCAGACCUUCGCUGCCUGCCACAGCCAGGUGUACCACCUGCCCUACUACGAAGCUUGUGUGCGCGACACGUGCGGGUGUGACACCGGCGGAGACUGCGAGUGCCUGUGCGACGCCGUGGCCGCCUACGCCAAAGCCUGCGUGGACAAGGGCGUGUGCAUAGACUGGAGGUCCCCGGACUUCUGCCCCAUCUACUGCGACUUCUACAACACCCACGCGCAGGUGGGCGGCGGCGAGUACCAGUACACCCAGGAGGGCAACUGCACAUGGCACUACCAGCCAUGCCUCUGCCCCUCGUGGCCGCAGAGCCUCCCGGGCACCAACAUAGAAGGCUGCUACAACUGCUCCCGGGACGAGUACUUCGACCCCGACAAAGGAACAUGUGUGCCAUGCGCACCGCCACCCACCACGCCGCAGCCCACGACAGGGUCGCCCACCACCGCAACGCAACCUGCCUCGGCCAGCACGGUGGGGCUCAGCUCCCCCAGCCCCACAGCCACGCCUGAGGCCCCAACCCCGACGCCCAGCCUUUCCGCCACGCCAACAGCCCCCUCCUCCACACAGCCAGGAACAGCCCCGACCACCGGGACAGGACCAACAAUCUCCACUGGAGAGUCAUCAGCAACCACCUCUGCUGUCACCACACGGGCCACACCGACACGGACUCCCACGGCUACACCGAGAUCAACAGCCACGGGACCCACGGUGACCCGGGCCACAACGCAGCCCACAGCACCCCCAGUCAGUGUGGCCACGCAGUCCACAGCUCGGUCCACGGCACGCACCACGGUGCCCGUCUCAGGGACCGCCACAGGGCCCAUCACGAACUCGGCAACUCCGCACUGGACCGAAGAAACCCCUGUCACUGGGAAGACAGAGCACACGGAAACGCCACGACCACUGGAGACCACGACAGGCGAACACACACGGCACAGCACACUGCCAACAACCACCAGCGGAACGGGCAAGGAAACCAGCGGGGCCACGACAUACUCAGCAUUCACGGAGGGGCCACACACCAACACCCAAACAGCCACACACCCGCCAUCCACCACACCCGCCACCCCACUCUCCCUGCCUCCACCACCUCCCGCGCACUUCAGCGCCCCAACACAUCCACCCUCCCUCCUCCACCGAGAGCCACUGCACCGCAACGCCAUCCACUCCUGUGCCCGUCACCGCACGGUGCCCACCCCACGGCCCCCACUGACAACCACCCUCACCCUGACCACCAACACCCAGAGCCCGCCAGCACAACCCCAAUCCCCACGGCCACCGUGCCACCCUCCCCUUCACCUGACCACACCGGCCCACGGCCACACCACGCACCACCAGCUCCCCCAGCCCCACCGCAAGCACUCCCACCCCUCACGCACACGGCCACGGCCACCGUCACGGGCACACACCCCCUUCCACCACGCCCUCCCCCCACUCUUCCUGCCUCCACCUCCUCCCGCGUCACUGCUCCACCCACCGGAACCCCGCCACGACCACCACCACCCACCCAACCCCAUCACACUCCCAGACCCCUCCCGUUACCCAGUCCACACCCGCCACCGCCUCCGUCACGCCAACCUCCCGCACAGUCAGCGCCCCAACACAGUCCCACCCUCCCUCCUCCACCGAGAAGCCCACUGGCACCGCAACGCCAUCCACUCCUGUGCCCGUCACCGGCACGGUGCCCACCCCCACGGCCCCGCCACUGACAACCACCCUCACCCUGACCACCAACACCCAGAGCCCGGCCAGCACAACCCCAAUCCCACGGCCACCUCCACACCCGCCACCGCCUCCGUCACGCCAACCUCCCGCACAGUCAGCGCCCCAACACAGUCCCACCCUCCCUCCUCCACCGAGAAGCCCACUGGCACCGCAACGCCAUCCACUCCUGUGCCCGUCACCGGCACGGUGCCCACCCCCACGGCCCCGCCACUGACAACCACCCUCACCCUGACCACCAACACCCAGAGCCCGGCCAGCACAACCCCAAUCCCCACGGCCACCCCCACCACCGCAAGCACUCCCACACCCCUCACGCACACGGCCACGGCCACCGUCACGGGCACACACACCCCUUCCACCACGCCCUCCACCCCCACUCUUCCUGCCUCCACCACCUCCCGCGUCACUGCUCCACCCACCGGAACCCCCGCCACGACCACCACCACCCACCCAACCCCAUCACACUCCCAGACCCCUCCCGUUACCCAGUCCACACCCGCCACCGCCUCCGUCACGCCAACCUCCCGCACAGUCAGCGCCCCAACACAGUCCCACCCUCCCUCCUCCACCGAGAAGCCCACUGGCACCGCAACGCCAUCCACUCCUGUGCCCGUCACCGGCACGGUGCCCACCCCCACGGCCCCGCCACUGACAACCACCCUCACCCUGACCACCAACACCCAGAGCCCGGCCAGCACAACCCCAAUCCCCACGGCCACCGUGCCACCCUCCCCUUCACCUGACCACACCGGCCACGGCCACACCACGCACCACCAGCUCCCCCCAGCCCACCACCGCAAGCACUCCCACACCCCUCACGCACACGGCCACGGCCACCGUCACGGGCACACACACCCCUUCCACCACGCCCUCCACCCCCACUCUUCCUGCCUCCACCACCUCCCGCGUCACUGCUCCACCCACCGGAACCCCCGCCACGACCACCACCACCCACCCAACCCCAUCACACUCCCAGACCCCUCCCGUUACCCAGUCCACACCCGCCACCGCCUCCGUCACGCCAACCUCCCGCACAGUCAGCGCCCCAACACAGUCCCACCCUCCCUCCUCCACCGAGAAGCCCACUGGCACCGCAACGCCAUCCACUCCUGUGCCCGUCACCGGCACGGUGCCCACCCCACGGCCCCGCCACUGACAACCACCCUCACCCUGACCACCAACACCCAGAGCCCGGCCAGCACAACCCCAAUCCCCACGGCCACCGUGCCACCCUCCCCUUCACCUGACCACACCGGCCCCACGGCCACACCACGCACCACCAGCUCCCCCCAGCCCACCACCGCAAGCACUCCCACACCCCUCACGCACACGGCCACGGCCACCGUCACGGGCACACACACCCCUUCCACCACGCCCUCCACCCCCACUCUUCCUGCCUCCACCACCUCCCGCGUCACUGCUCCACCCACCGGAACCCCCGCCACGACCACCACCACCCACCCAACCCCAUCACACUCCCAGACCCCUCCCGUUACCCAGUCCACACCCGCCACCGCCUCCGUCACGCCAACCUCCCGCACAGUCAGCGCCCCAACACAGUCCCACCCUCCCUCCUCCACCGAGAAGCCCACUGGCACCGCAACGCCAUCCACUCCUGUGCCCGUCACCGGCACGGUGCCCACCCCCACGGCCCCGCCACUGACAACCACCCUCACCCUGACCACCAACACCCAGAGCCCGGCCAGCACAACCCCAAUCCCCACGGCCACCGUGCCACCCUCCCCUUCACCUGACCACACCGGCCCCACGGCCACACCACGCACCACCAGCUCCCCCCAGCCCACCACCGCAAGCACUCCCACACCCCUCACGCACACGGCCACGGCCACCUCACGGGCACACACACCCCUUCCACCACUCAGCGCCCCAACACAGUCCCACCCUCCCUCCUCCACCGAGAAGCCCACUGGCACCGCAACGCCAUCCACUCCUGUGCCCGUCACCGGCACGGUGCCCACCCCCACGGCCCCGCCACUGACAACCACCCUCACCCUGACCACCAACACCCAGAGCCCGGCCAGCACAACCCCAAUCCCCACGGCCACCGUGCCACCCUCCCCUUCACCUGACCACACCGGCCCCACGGCCACACCACGCACCACCAGCUCCCCCCAGCCCACCACCUCCACACCCGCCACCGCCUCCGUCACGCCAACCUCCCGCACAGUCAGCGCCCCAACACAGUCCCACCCUCCCUCCUCCACCGAGAAGCCCACUGGCACCGCAACGCCAUCCACUCCUGUGCCCGUCACCGGCACGGUGCCCACCCCCACGGCCCCGCCACUGACAACCACCCUCACCCUGACCACCAACACCCAGAGCCCGGCCAGCACAACCCCAAUCCCCACGGCCACCGUGCCACCCUCCCCUUCACCUGACCACACCGGCCCCACGGCCACACCACGCACCACCAGCUCCCCCCAGCCCACCACCGCAAGCACUCCCACACCCCUCACGCACACGGCCACGGCCACCUCCACACCCGCCACCGCCUCCGUCACGCCAACCUCCCGCACAGUCAGCGCCCCAACACAGUCCCACCCUCCCUCCUCCACCGAGAAGCCCACUGGCACCGCAACGCCAUCCACUCCUGUGCCCGUCACCGGCACGGUGCCCACCCCCACGGCCCCGCCACUGACAACCACCCUCACCCUGACCACCAACACCCAGAGCCCGGCCAGCACAACCCCAAUCCCCACGGCCACCGUGCCACCCUCCCCUUCACCUGACCACACCGGCCCCACGGCCACACCACGCACCACCAGCUCCCCCCAGCCCACCACCGCAAGCACUCCCACACCCCUCACGCACACGGCCACGGCCACCUCCACACCCGCCACCGCCUCCGUCACGCCAACCUCCCGCACAGUCAGCGCCCCAACACAGUCCCACCCUCCCUCCUCCACCGAGAAGCCCACUGGCACCGCAACGCCAUCCACUCCUGUGCCCGUCACCGGCACGGUGCCCACCCCCACGGCCCCGCCACUGACAACCACCCUCACCCUGACCACCAACACCCAGAGCCCGGCCAGCACAACCCCAAUCCCCACGGCCACCGUGCCACCCUCCCCUUCACCUGACCACACCGGCCCCACGGCCACACCACGCACCACCAGCUCCCCCCAGCCCACCACCGCAAGCACUCCCACACCCCUCACGCACACGGCCACGGCCACCGUCACGGUCCACACCCGCCACCGCCUCCGUCACGCCAACCUCCCGCACAGUCAGCGCCCCAACACAGUCCCACCCUCCCUCCUCCACCGAGAAGCCCACUGGCACCGCAACGCCAUCCACUCCUGUGCCCGUCACCGGCACGGUGCCCACCCCACGGCCCCGCCACUGACAACCACCCUCACCCUGACCACCAACACCCAGAGCCCGGCCAGCACAACCCCAAUCCCCACGGCCACCCCCACCACCGCAAGCACUCCCACACCCCUCACGCACACGGCCACGGCCACCGUCACGGGCACACACACCCCUUCCACCACGCCCUCCACCCCCACUCUUCCUGCCUCCACCACCUCCCGCGUCACUGCUCCACCCACCGGAACCCCCGCCACGACCACCACCACCCACCCAACCCCAUCACACUCCCAGACCCCUCCCGUUACCCAGUCCACACCCGCCACCGCCUCCGUCACGCCAACCUCCCGCACAGUCAGCGCCCCAACACAGUCCCACCCUCCCUCCUCCACCGAGAAGCCCACUGGCACCGCAACGCCAUCCACUCCUGUGCCCGUCACCGGCACGGUGCCCACCCCCACGGCCCCGCCACUGACAACCACCCUCACCCUGACCACCAACACCCAGAGCCCGGCCAGCACAACCCCAAUCCCCACGGCCACCGUGCCACCCUCCCCUUCACCUGACCACACCGGCCCCACGGCCACACCACGCACCACCAGCUCCCCCCAGCCCACCACCGCAAGCACUCCCACACCCCUCACGCACACGGCCACGGCCACCGUCACGGGCACACACACCCCUUCCACCACGCCCUCCACCCCCACUCUUCCUGCCUCCACCACCUCCCGCGUCACUGCUCCACCCACCGGAACCCCCGCCACGACCACCACCACCCACCCAACCCCAUCACACUCCCAGACCCCUCCCGUUACCCAGUCCACACCCGCCACCGCCUCCGUCACGCCAACCUCCCGCACAGUCAGCGCCCCAACACAGUCCCACCCUCCCUCCUCCACCGAGAAGCCCACUGGCACCGCAACGCCAUCCACUCCUGUGCCCGUCACCGGCACGGUGCCCACCCCCACGGCCCCGCCACUGACAACCACCCUCACCCUGACCACCAACACCCAGAGCCCGGCCAGCACAACCCCAAUCCCCACGGCCACCGUGCCACCCUCCCCUUCACCUGACCACACCGGCCCCACGGCCACACCACGCACCACCAGCUCCCCCCAGCCCACCACCGCAAGCACUCCCACACCCCUCACGCACACGGCCACGGCCACCGUCACGGGCACACACACCCCUUCCACCACGCCCUCCACCCCCACUCUUCCUGCCUCCACCACCUCCCGCGUCACUGCUCCACCCACCGGAACCCCCGCCACGACCACCACCACCCACCCAACCCCAUCACACUCCCAGACCCCUCCCGUUACCCAGUCCACACCCGCCACCGCCUCCGUCACGCCAACCUCCCGCACAGUCAGCGCCCCAACACAGUCCCACCCUCCCUCCUCCACCGAGAAGCCCACUGGCACCGCAACGCCAUCCACUCCUGUGCCCGUCACCGGCACGGUGCCCACCCCCACGGCCCCGCCACUGACAACCACCCUCACCCUGACCACCAACACCCAGAGCCCGGCCAGCACAACCCCAAUCCCCACGGCCACCGUGCCACCCUCCCCUUCACCUGACCACACCGGCCCCACGGCCACACCACGCACCACCAGCUCCCCCCAGCCCACCACCGCAAGCACUCCCACACCCCUCACGCACACGGCCACGGCCACCGUCACGGGCACACACACCCCUUCCACCACGCCCUCCACCCCCACUCUUCCUGCCUCCACCACCUCCCGCGUCACUGCUCCACCCACCGGAACCCCCGCCACGACCACCACCACCCACCCAACCCCAUCACACUCCCAGACCCCUCCCGUUACCCAGUCCACACCCGCCACCGCCUCCGUCACGCCAACCUCCCGCACAGUCAGCGCCCCAACACAGUCCCACCCUCCCUCCUCCACCGAGAAGCCCACUGGCACCGCAACGCCAUCCACUCCUGUGCCCGUCACCGGCACGGUGCCCACCCCCACGGCCCCGCCACUGACAACCACCCUCACCCUGACCACCAACACCCAGAGCCCGGCCAGCACAACCCCAAUCCCCACGGCCACCGUGCCACCCUCCCCUUCACCUGACCACACCGGCCCCACGGCCACACCACGCACCACCAGCUCCCCCAGCCCACCACCGCAAGCACUCCCACACCCCUCACGCACACGGCCACGGCCACCGUCACGGGCACACACACCCCUUCCACCACGCCCUCCACCCCACUCUUCCUGCCUCCACCUCCUCCGCGUCACUGCUCCACCCACCGGAACCCCCGCCACGACCACCACCACCCACCCAACCCCAUCACACUCCCAGACCCCUCCCGUUACCCAGUCCACACCCGCCACCGCCUCCGUCACGCCAACCUCCCGCACAGUCAGCGCCCCAACACAGUCCCACCCUCCCUCCUCCACCGAGAAGCCCACUGGCACCGCAACGCCAUCCACUCCUGUGCCCGUCACCGGCACGGUGCCCACCCCCACGGCCCCGCCACUGACAACCACCCUCACCCUGACCACCAACACCCAGAGCCCGGCCAGCACAACCCCAAUCCCCACGGCCACCGUGCCACCCUCCCCUUCACCUGACCACACCGGCCCCACGGCCACACCACGCACCACCAGCUCCCCCCAGCCCACCACCGCAAGCACUCCCACACCCCUCACGCACACGGCCACGGCCACCUCCACACCCGCCACCGCCUCCGUCACGCCAACCUCCCGCACAGUCAGCGCCCCAACACAGUCCCACCCUCCCUCCUCCACCGAGAAGCCCACUGGCACCGCAACGCCAUCCACUCCUGUGCCCGUCACCGGCACGGUGCCCACCCCCACGGCCCCGCCACUGACAACCACCCUCACCCUGACCACCAACACCCAGAGCCCGGCCAGCACAACCCCAAUCCCCACGGCCACCGUGCCACCCUCCCCUUCACCUGACCACACCGGCCCCACGGCCACACCACGCACCACCAGCUCCCCCCAGCCCACCACCGCAAGCACUCCCACACCCCUCACGCACACGGCCACGGCCACCUCCACACCCGCCACCGCCUCCGUCACGCCAACCUCCCGCACAGUCAGCGCCCCAACACAGUCCCACCCUCCCUCCUCCACCGAGAAGCCCACUGGCACCGCAACGCCAUCCACUCCUGUGCCCGUCACCGGCACGGUGCCCACCCCCACGGCCCCGCCACUGACAACCACCCUCACCCUGACCACCAACACCCAGAGCCCGGCCAGCACAACCCCAAUCCCCACGGCCACCCCCACCACCGCAAGCACUCCCACACCCCUCACGCACACGGCCACGGCCACCGUCACGGGCACACACACCCCUUCCACCACGCCCUCCACCCCCACUCUUCCUGCCUCCACCACCUCCCGCGUCACUGCUCCACCCACCGGAACCCCCGCCACGACCACCACCACCCACCCAACCCCAUCACACUCCCAGACCCCUCCCGUUACCCAGUCCACACCCGCCACCGCCUCCGUCACGCCAACCUCCCGCACAGUCAGCGCCCCAACACAGUCCCACCCUCCCUCCUCCACCGAGAAGCCCACUGGCACCGCAACGCCAUCCACUCCUGUGCCCGUCACCGGCACGGUGCCCACCCCCACGGCCCCGCCACUGACAACCACCCUCACCCUGACCACCAACACCCAGAGCCCGGCCAGCACAACCCCAAUCCCCACGGCCACCGUGCCACCCUCCCCUUCACCUGACCACACCGGCCCCACGGCCACACCACGCACCACCAGCUCCCCCCAGCCCACCACCGCAAGCACUCCCACACCCCUCACGCACACGGCCACGGCCACCGUCACGGGCACACACACCCCUUCCACCACGCCCUCCACCCCCACUCUUCCUGCCUCCACCACCUCCCGCGUCACUGCUCCACCCACCGGAACCCCCGCCACGACCACCACCACCCACCCAACCCCAUCACACUCCCAGACCCCUCCCGUUACCCAGUCCACACCCGCCACCGCCUCCGUCACGCCAACCUCCCGCACAGUCAGCGCCCCAACACAGUCCCACCCUCCCUCCUCCACCGAGAAGCCCACUGGCACCGCAACGCCAUCCACUCCUGUGCCCGUCACCGGCACGGUGCCCACCCCCACGGCCCCGCCACUGACAACCACCCUCACCCUGACCACCAACACCCAGAGCCCGGCCAGCACAACCCCAAUCCCCACGGCCACCGUGCCACCCUCCCCUUCACCUGACCACACCGGCCCCACGGCCACACCACGCACCACCAGCUCCCCCCAGCCCACCACCGCAAGCACUCCCACACCCCUCACGCACACGGCCACGGCCACCGUCACGGGCACACACACCCCUUCCACCACGCCCUCCACCCCCACUCUUCCUGCCUCCACCUCCUCCCGCGUCACUGCUCCACCCACCGGAACCCCCGCCACGACCACCACCACCCACCCAACCCCAUCACACUCCCAGACCCCUCCCGUUACCCAGUCCACACCCGCCACCGCCUCCGUCACGCCAACCUCCCGCACAGUCAGCGCCCCAACACAGUCCCACCCUCCCUCCUCCACCGAGAAGCCCACUGGCACCGCAACGCCAUCCACUCCUGUGCCCGUCACCGGCACGGUGCCCACCCCCACGGCCCCGCCACUGACAACCACCCUCACCCUGACCACCAACACCCAGAGCCCGGCCAGCACAACCCCAAUCCCCACGGCCACCGUGCCACCCUCCCCUUCACCUGACCACACCGGCCCCACGGCCACACCACGCACCACCAGCUCCCCCCAGCCCACCACCGCAAGCACUCCCACACCCCUCACGCACACGGCCACGGCCACCGUCACGGGCACACACACCCCUUCCACCACGCCCUCCACCCCCACUCUUCCUGCCUCCACCACCUCCCGCGUCACUGCUCCACCCACCGGAACCCCCGCCACGACCACCACCACCCACCCAACCCCAUCACACUCCCAGACCCCUCCCGUUACCCAGUCCACACCCGCCACCGCCUCCGUCACGCCAACCUCCCGCACAGUCAGCGCCCCAACACAGUCCCACCCUCCCUCCUCCACCGAGAAGCCCACUGGCACCGCAACGCCAUCCACUCCUGUGCCCGUCACCGGCACGGUGCCCACCCCCACGGCCCCGCCACUGACAACCACCCUCACCCUGACCACCAACACCCAGAGCCCGGCCAGCACAACCCCAAUCCCCACGGCCACCGUGCCACCCUCCCCUUCACCUGACCACACCGGCCCCACGGCCACACCACGCACCACCAGCUCCCCCCAGCCCACCACCGCAAGCACUCCCACACCCCUCACGCACACGGCCACGGCCACCGUCACGGGCACACACACCCCUUCCACCACGCCCUCCACCCCCACUCUUCCUGCCUCCACCACCUCCCGCGUCACUGCUCCACCCACCGGAACCCCCGCCACGACCACCACCACCCACCCAACCCCAUCACACUCCCAGACCCCUCCCGUUACCCAGUCCACACCCGCCACCGCCUCCGUCACGCCAACCUCCCGCACAGUCAGCGCCCCAACACAGUCCCACCCUCCCUCCUCCACCGAGAAGCCCACUGGCACCGCAACGCCAUCCACUCCUGUGCCCGUCACCGGCACGGUGCCCACCCCCACGGCCCCGCCACUGACAACCACCCUCACCCUGACCACCAACACCCAGAGCCCGGCCAGCACAACCCCAAUCCCCACGGCCACCGUGCCACCCUCCCCUUCACCUGACCACACCGGCCCCACGGCCACACCACGCACCACCAGCUCCCCCCAGCCCACCACCGCAAGCACUCCCACACCCCUCACGCACACGGCCACGGCCACCGUCACGGGCACACACACCCCUUCCACCACGCCCUCCACCCCCACUCUUCCUGCCUCCACCACCUCCCGCGUCACUGCUCCACCCACCGGAACCCCCGCCACGACCACCACCACCCACCCAACCCCAUCACACUCCCAGACCCCUCCCGUUACCCAGUCCACACCCGCCACCGCCUCCGUCACGCCAACCUCCCGCACAGUCAGCGCCCCAACACAGUCCCACCCUCCCUCCUCCACCGAGAAGCCCACUGGCACCGCAACGCCAUCCACUCCUGUGCCCGUCACCGGCACGGUGCCCACCCCCACGGCCCCGCCACUGACAACCACCCUCACCCUGACCACCAACACCCAGAGCCCGGCCAGCACAACCCCAAUCCCCACGGCCACCGUGCCACCCUCCCCUUCACCUGACCACACCGCCCACGCCACACCACGCACCACCAGCUCCCCCCAGCCCACCACCGCAAGCACUCCCACACCCCUCACGCACACGGCCACGGCCACCUCCACACCCGCCACCGCCUCCGUCACGCCAACCUCCCGCACAGUCAGCGCCCCAACACAGUCCCACCCUCCCUCCUCCACCGAGAAGCCCACUGGCACCGCAACGCCAUCCACUCCUGUGCCCGUCACCGGCACGGUGCCCACCCCCACGGCCCCGCCACUGACAACCACCCUCACCCUGACCACCAACACCCACAGCACUUUCAGCACCACGUCCAUCUCCACCUCCCUCUCCACCUCCCUCACCACCCGCGCCCCCGACCUCAGCCUCCUGUCCUCCACCUUGCGGGUGACAACCAUCCCGAUUUCUCCGGCCACCAACUUCACCACCAGACGGCCCAGCACCACCAGGUGGCUGACCACUGCUUUUCUGAGCAGCUCCGUCACUGUGCAGCCAAGCUCCCCAGUCUCCCACACGGGCCACUCCAUAUCUUCGCUCAGCACCUCUCUCCCCAGCUCCCCAGGGACUUGCAGCGUGAAGGAGUUCGAGGAGGAGGUCACCUACCAGGGGUGCACAGCCAACGUGACAAUGACCCGCUGCGAGGGCGUCUGUGCCUCCUCAGCCAGCUUCAACACGGACACCCUGCAAGUGGACACCCGCUGUGGCUGCUGCUACCCCGUCAGCUCCUAUGAGCAGCAGCUCGUGCUGCCCUGCGCCGACCCUGGGGCACAGGGCCAGCCGUUGACGCUCACGCUGCAGGUGUUCCUCCGCUGCGAGUGCAGCCCCCAGCACUGCUCGGGCUAG